CGGAGACGGAAGCUUCAGUCUUCAGCCGAACAGAGCCCUAUCAGAUCGCCUAGCGGAGUAGACACACCAUCGACGAGCGCCGAACGCCAACUCCCGAUAGGCCAAACGUCGCCGACUCGACGGCCUCCUACCUCCGACGCUUGGACGCCAUUUUCCCUGCCCGACUGCGCCUUCUCGGCUUCUCAAAAUCUCAGUCCAGGCUGCCUACUGCGCUCCAGGGCCUCAGAGAUUCGGUCUUCGUCCAAUCGACCCUUCUCAGUUCUCACAUUCAGAGUUUCAGGCUUCUCGCAAUCACGCUUCAGUAUUCAGAUUAUUUGCUUCUGCUUGGUGCCUAUGCGAGUUUGCUUGGGGGAGAUAUACUACUUCACGACCACCUAGAAAAGUGUCGGCCUGUGUUUGUACAAUGUCUGGCAACAACAGUAACCCUCCAAACAAGAACAUAGGGGUUUCCUCUCCAUUUGGGAAUUCAAUGCCUGUCAAUCCUGCAGCUCACCUUCAGUCUCCGCCACCCCAACAGCGGAUACAGGCUGGUUUCCCUAACCAAUUUCAGUUGUCACAACUAUCAGCCGCCCAUGCUCAAGCUAUUGCUCAGGCACAAGCGCAGUCUAAGGCUCAUGCUCAAGCCCAAGCCCAAGUCCAAGCUGCACACGCUCAGUUUCAGGCCCACUUACAGGCCCAGAGUCUAGCCCUUAACCAAGCACAUUUGGGCUCAUCAUCACCUUCUCUUUCAGGCAUGGGAAAUUCCAAUGCCAAAAGGUUCCCACAAAAACCACCAGUUCGUCCACCUGGCUUGCCAACCACAAUGUCUCCCCCAGUCAGACCCAUGGAACUUUCUGCUUCUGCCCGUAAGAAAAAGCAGAAGCUGCCGGAGAAACAAUUGCACGAUCGAGUGGCGGCAAUCUUGCCUGAAUCCGCCCUCUACACUCAGCUGCUCGAGUUUGAGUCUCGUGUAGAUGCUGCACUCUUAAGAAAGAAAAUUGAUAUCCAGGACGCAUUAAGGACCCCACCAUCCAUUCAGAAGACCCUCAGAAUCUAUGUGUUCAAUACUUUUGCUAACCAAACUAGGACUGCUCCUAAGAAACCCCAGUCUGAGCCUGCCACAUGGACUCUGAAAAUAGUAGGAAGGAUUUUAGAGGAAGGAAUGGAUCCAGAUCAGGGUGCCAUGUUACAGAAAUCAUCAAACAUCAUGUACCCAAAAUUUUCAACUUUCUUUAAAAGAGUAUCAAUUUCACUAGACCAGAAGCUUUAUCCUGAUAACCAUAUGAUUAUUUGGGAUAGUUCUCGAUCCCCUCAAUCUCACGAAGGGUUUGAGGUGAAAAGGAAGGGAGAUCAAGAAUUCACUGUGAAUAUUAGACUGGAGUUAAAUUACUCCCCUGAGAAGUAUAAACUGUCACAGGCUUUGACAGAAGUCUUGGGUGUGGAAGUAGAUACCCGUGCAAGGAUUAUAUCUGCAAUCUGGCACUAUGUUAAAGCUAGGAAGUUGCAAUGCCCCGAGGAUCCUGCAUAUUUCAAUUGUGACCCAUCACUUCAGAAAGUGUUUGGGGAAGGAAAGGUGAAAUUGACGACAGUUGCACAAAAGAUCACCCAACAUUUGUCUCCACCUCAACCAAUUCAUUUAGAACACAGAGUUAAGCUUUCUGGGGAUAAUCCUGCCGGGAGUGCGUGCUAUGAUGUAUUGGUGGAUGUGCCAUUCCCUAUCCAGAGAGAACUGAAUGCCUUGCUGGCGAAUACAGAAAAGACUAAUGAGAUAAAUGCAUGUGACCAAGCGAUUUGUGGUGCUAUAAGGAAGAUACAUGAGCAUCGGAGGAGAAGGGCGUUCUUUCUUGGUUUCAGCCAAUCGCCUGUUGAGUUCAUUAAUGCUUUGAUUGAUUCUCAGGGUAAAGAUCUAAAGCUUGUUACUACAGAAGGUGGUCAAAAUGUUGAGGGAGAGCGUCGGUCUGAUUUUUACAGUCAGCCGUGGGUUGAAGAUGCCGUUAUUCGUUAUCUGAAUCGGAAACCAGCUACAGAUGCUGCACCUCCUGGGAGCUCAUAAGUAAUGUUUCUGUCUACCUUAUUCAGUCAUUCAACAUUAUUUCAGCUGUGACUGCAACAAGGAAAUCAAGAUUUGGAUGGUAAUAGUGUACGUUAACUUGGUAUGUACUGUACUAAUUUUAUACUCUGUAUUAAACAGUGGAACAACUUAGAUCUAGAUGCCUUGAUUUUUUCUUUUAAAAUUUUAGUGGUAUAUAUAUUCAUUUGUGCCAGCAGCAAAUUUGAAUGCUUUUAAGAAAGAUACUUCCAUAGUGUGUCACGGCCAACUUUUUAUGGGUGUAAAGAUAAUAGUCGCUUUUAAUUUAAUGUCCAUCAAUCCAUUAGCUUUUUAUC